CUCCUGUUAUCCUCUUAGCUCUAAAUGUCCCCACGUUUCGGCUCUCCUCUGCCAUUUCGCAAACUUCUAAAUCACAAGACGAAUGACAAGAAGAAGAGUGUCGCGCGUAAAAUUAGUACCCACUCGGAAAUCCAGAUUGUGGUUUUUUUACGUUUACUCAGGACACAUUUGCGCGUCGACAAUGUCACAGUAACUCGUGGUGCGUUCAACUGAUCUUAAUAGCUUGCAAUCUUAUCCGUGUCAAACCUCAGUUGCCUUCCAAACAUAAUUUCCUUUUCAUUUGCGUUCUUUGAGAGCAGGUUGUGAGGAACUUUGAAUGACUAGUUGUCUUUGUCAUCAGAAACUUUGAUCAGUUGCGUCUCUCGUCAAUUCGUAUAAUUAAGCGCAAGGAGUUUUUUGUUGUUGCAUGUAGCCUAAAAUGACCAUUUGACCUUUUUAACUUUAGACAAAGAUAUGGAGUUUACCAGUAAACAGAGGAGCGUUUUUUAUAUAUUGUUUUUUUCAAUAUGCAUGAUCAACGUUUCUUUUUCUGCGAAAAGGACCAACGUUCGAAGAUCGGAGCGCCUCAGCCCUCCAUUGGACAUCCAGUUGGAGAUGGUGAACUGCACAGCCUUCAGUGUGCGAUGGAAGAUGCCCCGGCGUCAUGUUAGCACCAUCACAGGCUACAAGGUGUUCUACACAGAGAUGAGGAACAGUCGGCCAGUGAGUACUGCCGUGACGCUGGAGGUGCCUCUCAGUCUGGACAUGCUGACCACCGGGCAAUUGGAUGGACAAGCAAGUUUUGAUGUGGACAUUGGUAACCUUAAAGUUGCCACCCAGUACAGAGUUAGUGUUGGUGCGUAUGGAUGGGCAGGCGAGGGCCGACCCAGCAUGCCCAGGGACAUCAGCACUUCUUCACAAGAGAUGUGUAUGCCUCCGUCCCCUCCCACUCAGCCCACUGUCGUGGCCGUAUCGGACACAGAGCUUGCGUUGUCGUGGACACAGGGUGAGAGUGAGGGAAGUGCACCAGUUCUACACUUUCUUGUUGCUUACAUCAGGCCUGAGAUGGACACAGAGUGGACCUACAUCAGGGAGCCCAUUGAAGCCAACUCCAUGGUACUGAAAGGGUUAAGCCCCGACACGGAAUACCAGUUUGUGGUCCGAGCCGCCAACGUCCAUGGAGUGAGCCCUCCCAGCGCCAUCAACAACCCCAUCCGCACCCCUGGCACAGCAGAGGUUGGCAGCAGCGGCUAUGGCCAGCGAUACAUCACAGACGGCAAGAUCAAAGAUGAAGACGGAUUUGACAUAGACGACUCUGACUACGAUGUCUUCAUUGAGGAGCUGAAGCCGUUCCCUGCCAUUCCCAACGGUGACAACCAGAGAUCCCAGCUCCGUUCCCGGUCUGGAACGCCGUCCUCUCAGCCAGGCGGGAACGUCAUCUACAGGAUGGGCACGGUCGCACCCAACGCCAUCCUCCUCCCCUCACCUCCCUCUGACCCAGAGCUGGGCUCCCCACUUACCCCCGUCACCCCUGAGCUGAUCACCAUGAGCCCCACCACCGACAGCCCUUCCCCCACCACCCUGCCUCCCACCACCCCCACGCCCCCCAUGACCCAGUGGAUAGGCCCCGUGCCCAGACUCUACGACCUAGCCUGUGAGGACACGGUGUGCCCCCCCGACAGCUUCUGCCUCAGUGACUACGACAGCGGAGGAUCCCGUUGCCACUGCAACCUGGGCCGCAGUGGUGACAUCUGCUCCUACGGAGUGACGGUGCAGUUCCCAAGGUUCUAUGGCCACUCCCACAUGACCUUUGAACCUCUGAAGAACUCUUACCAGACCUUUCAGAUGACCCUUGAAUUCAAGGCAGACUCGGAGGAUGGCUUGUUGCUGUACUGUGGGGAGAAUGAGCAUGGCCGUGGAGACUUCACCUCUCUGGCUCUUGUACGAGGCAAGCUGCAUUACAGGUUUAAUUGUGGCACUGGGGCAGCUCAGAUAGUCAGCGAGACUCGCAUGGUGCCGGGACAGUGGCACACUGUCACCGUGUUCAGGGACGGUAUGAGUGGCUGGCUGAGAAUGGACAACGAUACGCCCAUUUCAGGACGCUCACAGGGACAGUACACUAAGAUCACAUUCCGAAGCCCGUUGUACGUGGGAGGGGCUCCCAGUGCCUAUUGGUUGGUCAGGGCCACAGGGAGCAACCGGGGCUUCCAGGGCUGCAUCCAGAGCCUGACCAUCAACAACAAGGCCACGGAUCUCAGACCCUGGCCCCUAGGCAGUGCUCUGAGCGGGGCAGACAUCGGUGAGUGCAGUGACAGUGUGUGUGAGAUGAUCACCUGCGACAACAAAGGGAUCUGCUUUGCCAACCGAGCGGACGGGUACAUCUGUCUGUGCCCUCUGGGCUUCAGAGGCAUGCUCUGUGAAGAGAGUUUCCUGCUGUCUCUGCCGCUCUUCAACGAGACCAUGUUUUCGUACGCCAGCGCCCCUUGGCCCCAGUCCCUCCUCAGUUACCUGUCCUUCAUGGAGUUUGAGAUCACCUUUCAGCCGGCCAGUCCUGACGGCACGCUGCUCUACAGCGACGACGCCAGCAGCCGGGACUUCUUGGCCAUCAACCUGGUGGAAGGAUACGUGGAGUUCCGCUUUGACUGUGGAUCUGGAGGGUCUGUCAUUAGGAGUGAGGAGCAGGUCAGUAUAGGCACAUGGCAUGAGCUGCGGGUUUCUCGUACAGCCAAGAGUGGCAUCCUGCAGGUGGACAACCAGAGGCCCAUGGAGGGCAUAGCUGAGGGAGCCUUCACUCAGAUCAAGUGCAGCUCUCCUCUGUACAUCGGCGGAGUUCCACAAUAUGACAAAACCAAGAGCGCCGCGGCCGUGCUCCGCCCCUUCAGCGGCACCAUCCAGAAGCUGGUUCUAAAUGACCGCAGCAUCCCACUGACCAAGGACUUUGCUCUGGGGGUGAAUGUGGAGAACGCAGCCCACCCAUGUGUGCAGAGUCCCUGUGCCAACGGCGGCACCUGCAGGCCCAAAUGGGAUGGCUACGAGUGUGACUGCCCUCUCGGCUACGAUGGCCGGCACUGCCAGAAGGAAUGUGGGAAUUACUGUUUAAACACUGUCACAGAUGCCAUUGAGAUUCCACAAUUCAUUGGCCGCAGCUACCUCACAUACGACAACCGUGAAAUCCUGAAAAGGGUUUCGGGCGUCAGGACCAACAUGUUUAUGCGCUUUAAGAGCACGGCGAAGGAUGGUCUGUUGCUAUGGCGAGGCGACAGCCAAGUGAGGCCCAACAGUGACUUCCUGUCUUUAGGACUGCAGGAUGGAGUACUCAUUUUUAGCUAUAACCUGGGCAGUGGUGUGGCCAAUGUGAUCGUCAACGGAACCUUCAGCGAUGGAAGGUGGCACAGAGUAAAGGCUGUCAGGGAUGGCCAGACUGGGAAGCUGACGGUGGAUGACUAUGGGGCCCAGACUGGCAGGUCACCUGGGAAGAUGAGACAGCUGAACGUCAACGGGGUCUUGUAUGUCGGGGGGAUGAAGGAGAUUGCUCUGCACACCAACCGGCAGUACAGUGGAGGUCUGGUGGGCUGCGUCUCCCACUUCACCCUGUCCACCGACUACCACCUCUCCCUAGUGGAGGACGCUGCCGAUGGCAAGAACAUCAACACUUGUACCAACUAAAAGUCCUGUGUGUCCAGGGCCCGUAGUCAUUAAGCAUCUCAGAGUAGGAGUGCUGAUCUAGAAUCAGUUUUGCCUUUUAGAUGAGAAAGCAUGGACAGGGAGACCUGAUCCUAUAUCAGCACUUCUACUCUGAGAUGCUUUGUGAAUACGGGCCUUGGGCUUUCUGUCCACUCAGCAGCAAGACACGUUCACCAAAGGACCCAAUAACACAAGUGCAACAAGACUGGAGUGGAGAGACCUCGCUAGAACUUCCUGAAAUGUAAGGUUGCAAUUUUGACAUCCGAAGGACAAUUUCAUGGGAUGGUUUCGAAGAUAUCCAUAUAUUUUUUUCUACAUCCUUAUUGGAUGAUUUGGAGAACCAAAAGAUGUAGUAAUGAAGGAUGUUUUUGAUAAAGUGACAUGAUGUUUGUAGAAAAAUUACCUUUUUUUAGUUGUAUUUUUUAAGCCUGCUCUUGGGUCACAGAGUCAUGUUAUUGUGAUUGUUGUGUUGUGGUGUCUGUAUCAAUCAGUCCAUAGACUACAGUGUUUUUGACUUCAAUUCAUGUGAGUUGUUUGCAGGUUGCUAGUGUUUGGUGGCACCUUAUUUGGGGAGUACGGGCUUGUGGUAAUGACUGGAGCGGAAUCAGUGGAAUGGUAUCAAAUACACCAAACACAUGGUUUCCAGGUGUUUGAUGCCAUUCCAUUUGCUCUAUUACAGACGUUAUUAUGAGCCGUCCUCCCCUCAGCAGCCUCCACUGCUGGAAGGUGAUGAAGAUCAGCCGUGAGUGUCUAGGUGUUUCCUUCUUUCCCCCUGUCUGGAUAUCAGGACAUUUUCCUCUUUGAGUAUCCAUGUCUCUCUGCUUUUUCUCUACAACAAAGAAAUAUGCCAGAUGGACACUAUCAUUAUUGCACAGAAAAAUAUACAAGUCCCCAGCGUUUGUCAAACUUGGUCCUCGGGACCCCAAGAGGUGCACGUUUAGUGUUUUGCCCUAACACUACACAGCUGAUUCAAAUGAUCAAAGCUUGAUGAUUAGCUGAUUAUUUGAAUCAGCUGUGUAGUGCUAGGGCCAAAAACCAAAACGUGCACCUCUUGGGGUUCCGAGGUGUGAGUUUUGGGAAACCCUGAUAUAAGUCAACCAAAAUAAUGUGUGGAAAACACUAUCACCCUCUUAAUGUGAUAUGAUGUACUGCACAUGUCAGCCUUUUAGUUGUGUUGUUGCUCCUGUUUUGAACCUAAUGAAUUUCCCCAGUUGUGUGUAUUUCAAACCACAAAUACUAACAGAACAUUUAGUUACCAAGUCAUCUCAGGCCUAGGCUUACUGCAAUAAGAAGUUCACCACCAAGGACAUUCUGACAAUGUUCUGUGUUGAUAUUUUGUCUGAUUUUGUUGCUAAAAUGUUAAUGUUUGAUUUAAAACAGAAAAUAAUACUCAAUGUUCAGAGAACAUUGCUAAUGAUAGAUAUUUGGAAUAAAAAAUGUGAUUGAUUUCAAUGAAGUUCAAACAGGUAGCCGUUAUCUAGCUAAUAUGUUACCAUUUGAUUUGGACUGUGCUAUGGUAACUACUGCAUUCCACAGAAAUCAAUAUCUAGCUAAUAUGUUACCAUUUGAUUUGGACUGUGCUAUGGUAACUACUGCAUUCCACAGAAAUCAAUAUCUAGCUAAUAUGUUACCAUUUGAUUUGGACUGUGCUAUGGUAACUACUGCAUUCCACAGAAAUCAAUCAAGACAUUGCCACGGCUUUUGUGAAGAUGAUGGUUUUUGCCGUGUUCCUUUCGAUGUUCCUUUGAUGUCAUUAUAUAUAUUUUGUCAUCAUAUAUUUUGUCUAUGGCCUACUGCAAAUAUUUUAAUAAUGACUCCCCUUCUGACUGCUACGAAUAAAAUGACUGGCUAAAGUGGACUAUUUUACAAAAUUGCCUUCACAAAUAGUCAGUGAAAGAAAAUGUUGGUUUGACACAAACACAUUUUGUUCUUCUAUCCUCGUGGGAACCUAAAAUGUAUUUCCAUUCCAAAUCCUAUUUUCCUUAACCCAUACCCUAACCUAACUCCUGAACCUCUUACCCUAACCCUAAUUCUAACCCUAACCAUUAAGCUUAAAAUAGCCUUUGUCCUCAUGGGGAAUGUGGGAAAUGUCCGUACAAGGGAGAAUUUUCUUUGUUCUUCUAUCCUUGUGGGGACUUUUGGAGCUUUUAUGUCCCCACAAGGAUAGAAGAACAACCCCCCCCCACCACACACACACACACUUUUCUGUUGACAAACUUGAAGCUGCUUGAGUCUCACCUCGUCCUUCACCUCUUGACCGCUCCUUCUGUGAAAGAGAAGAACAGUACAAGAAUCACAGCAGGAACGGCCUCCGUUGGGUCAUUUCUUGACGUAUUGAUGGCUUGGAAAAAUCUGACUGUUUAUUACUUUGGAUGUUUGUUAUGAGUUGUUUAUUUGAAUUCCCUUUGGAUGAGUCUUUUGACAUCCCUGUGAUGAAUGACACUUGAGCAUCCCCCUACAGUUUGUUGUCGUGCACUGUGACUUCACUUGUUUCUAUUGGGUUGCAAAAAUAUAUAUUUUUUUUUCAGAGAGCUUUGUUGACAUGCCAGGAUGGAUCUCCAAAUCAAAUCUGGCUUUAUACCUGCGGUCUGAAUAGGUAUAAAAGUCAAAGGUUGGUGAUUUACUGCCACCUGGAGUUAUGGAAUGUUUGCUCUUUGAUCCUUCCUUAACCCAUAGAAAGUCCCAUCCAGAUUACUACUUCAAAAUGGUGAAAGACCUCAAUGGCGCUGCCCAUGCGAAAAACAGGCUUUGGGCCAAGUGCGCCCUCUAUCCAACUAUGGAGCCGGGUGCACAUCACACGCAUGUCCAUUAACAGAUUGCAGCAGCUACUUUCUUGAAUGAGAUCAAAAGGGCACUCCAGCAGAGAACGGAGCAUGGUUUCACAUCCCAAAAUGCCAUUGAAUAGUAGACAUAGAGGUUACAUUUGAUUUUAAUCAAUAGCUGGGAGAUUAUUUUGUGAAUCUGCAAUGUCACGCCACAUCAAAUCCCAACAUUCCUCUUUUGACCUGGUUUCUCCCCUGCUGGGUGUUACCAAUAAUAUCAGUGCUACAAAUCAAUGGCGUUCCUCCAUGCCCUGGGCCAGACGGGCCAGUUAGCUGUUCAUGCGGGGACCCACAAUCUAGUCUCAUUUCCACUGCAUCUGUGACCUAAUUCUCCACCCUUCUUCCAAAUUGUGCACUUGACCACUUUAUCGCUUGAAUUUAACAACAGUAGAAACUCCCUUCAUUCCAAUGCGCCUUACACCAAAUCCUAUAUGCAUUUAAAUCCAUGACAGGGAGUAUGCAAAUGCAGUCUUCUGGAAGAGGAGAUCUGGGACGCUAGCUAAAGAUAGGAGCAGACAUGUAUCCCCCAAACCCAGAAAGAUGUUCAGACAUUCAAUAAAAAGGCUUUGCCAUUAGAGUGAUGAAAUAAUGUGUAUAGGCUUUUCCAGGUAACUGAAGUUUAUAUGCUGAUAAACACUGAUGAUAAGCCAAACCCUUUAUGAUGGUUGAAUGAUCUCCAAUGAAACAGUGUGAUUUUGACCCUGGUUUAGCUGAAACUGCAGGACACUACAGUACAUUCUGUGACUCUGUAAUAAUGUGUUAGUUAAUUAAUAAAUGAUGAAUGAACAAUUCUAGUCAGGUUGUGCUGCCUGUAGCCACUUAGAAAUGUCCAAAUUGAGAUGAUUACAUUAUUCAAUAAUAUACAAUAAUAUAACAUAAUUUACUUUGAAUUGCUGUCACUAAGCAUAUGACACACACAUUUUUAAAUAGCUGCCUUGUGCUCGCUACUG